GUGAGGAGAGCAGGUCCUUGUUGGCGCUGGUGGUGGGGACAGUCCUGAUUCUAGUGGGUCUCCUCUGCCAGCACCCCAGUGAGGGUGGGAGGAGCGCCUCAUUACCGCCUGGGGCGAUGGAUUCCAGCCUCCCUGUGUGGCCUUCUUGACACCAUUUUGACUGGAGAAUGCCAGCAGUUACUCUACAGCGAUGAUGGAGCCCAAGUCGGUGUGCGUCUCGGUGGAUGAGGUGGUCUCCAGCAACAUGGAGACCACCGAGAAGGACCUGCUGAAUGGACAUCUGAAAAAAGUGGACAACAAUCUCACUGAGGCCCAGCGCUUCUCCUCCUUGCCUCGGAGGGCGGCUGUCAACAUUGAAUUCAAGGACCUUUCCUAUUCGGUCCCAGAAGGACCCUGGUGGAGGAAGAAAGGGUACAAGACCCUUCUGAAAGGGAUUUCUGGAAAAUUCAACAGCGGGGAGCUGGUGGCCAUCAUGGGUCCCUCCGGGGCCGGGAAGUCCACGUUCAUGAACAUUCUGGCUGGAUACAGGGAGACCGGCAUGAAGGGCUCUGUCCUCAUCAACGGCAUGCCCCGCGACCUGCGCUGCUUCCGGAAGGUGUCCUGUUACAUCAUGCAGGAUGACAUGCUGCUGCCCCACCUCACCGUGCAGGAAGCGAUGAUGGUAUCUGCACACCUGAAGCUCCAGGAGAAGGACGAAGGCAGAAGAGAGAUGGUCAAGGAGAUCCUGACGGCUCUGGGCUUGCUGUCUUGUGCCAACACGCGGACCGGAAGCCUCUCGGGCGGCCAGCGGAAGCGCCUGGCCAUCGCGCUGGAGCUGGUGAACAACCCUCCUGUCAUGUUCUUUGAUGAGCCCACAAGUGGCCUGGACAGCGCCUCCUGUUUCCAGGUGGUCUCCCUGAUGAAAGGACUGGCUCAGGGAGGACGGUCCAUCAUCUGCACCAUCCACCAGCCCAGUGCCAAGCUCUUCGAGCUGUUUGACCAGCUUUAUGUCCUUAGUCAAGGACAAUGUGUGUACCGGGGAAAAGUCUCCAAUCUUGUACCAUAUUUGAGGGAUUUAGGUCUGAACUGCCCAACCUACCACAACCCAGCCGAUUUUGUCAUGGAGGUGGCGUCCGGCGAGUAUGGUGAUCAGAACGGCCGCCUGGUGAGAGCCGUCCGGGAGGGCAUGUGUGACUCCGACUACAGGAGAGAGCCUGGGGGGGAUGCUGAGGUGAACCCCUUCCUAUGGCACCGGCCCUCUGAAGAGGUAAAGCAGGCAAAACGAUUAAAGGGGCUCAGAAAGGACUCCACGUCCAUGGAAGGCUGUCACAGCUUCUCAGCCAGCUGCCUCACCCAGUUCUGCAUCCUCUUCAAACGGACUUUUCUCAGUAUCAUGAGGGAUUCGGUCCUGACACACCUGCGGAUCACGUCCCACAUCGGCAUCGGCCUGCUCAUCGGCCUGCUCUACCUGGGGAUUGGGAACGAAGCCAAGAAAGUGCUGAGUAACUCCGGGUUCCUCUUCUUCUCCAUGCUGUUCCUCAUGUUCGCGGCCCUCAUGCCCACCGUGCUCACCUUUCCCCUGGAGAUGGGAGUGUUUCUUCGGGAACACCUGAAUUACUGGUACAGCCUGAAGGCCUACUACCUGGCCAAGACCAUGGCCGACGUCCCCUUCCAGAUCAUGUUCCCAGUGGCCUACUGCAGCAUCGUGUACUGGAUGACGUCGCAGCCGUCUGACGCUGUGCGGUUCGUCCUGUUUGCCGCGCUGGGCACCAUGACCUCACUGGUGGCGCAGUCCCUGGGCCUGCUGAUCGGAGCUGCCUCCACGUCCCUGCAGGUGGCAACCUUCGUGGGUCCUGUGACGGCCAUCCCUGUCCUACUCUUCUCAGGAUUUUUCGUCAGUUUUGACACCAUCCCAACCUACCUGCAGUGGAUGUCCUACAUCUCCUACGUCAGGUAUGGGUUCGAAGGGGUCAUCCUCUCCAUCUAUGGCCUCGACCGAGAGGACCUGCACUGUGACAUUGACGACACCUGCCACUUUCAGAAGUCGGAGGCCAUUCUGAGAGAGCUGGACGUGGAGAACGCCAAACUCUACCUGGACUUCAUCGUCCUGGGCAUUUUCUUCAUCUCCCUGCGUCUCAUCGCCUAUUUUGUCCUGAGGUACAAAAUCCGGGCAGAGAGGUAAAGCACCUGCAUCCCACAAAAGAAGAGAAAUAGACAUUGCGGCCAAGGGCAACUUGUAGAAUCAUGGCGGCAAGCCUGUGCCUGCAGACAAAGGGACAACUGUGACCCAACCCGAGCCCCCACGCCUGGUUUGCGGGUGCCAAGUGUUCAACUGCCCUGCCCAGCUGGGUCGGGUCUUCUCUCCAUUACCCUUUCUAGCUUUAACUAGGAAGAAGAUGUAGAAAGGAAUUUUUUUACAUGCAGAAUUUAAAAAUACCACAACUGGGGCAGAAGUUAAAACUGCAACCAAGCUGGUGAGAAGAGGCCUCCUCAGUAAAAUUCUUCCUUAUGACCCAGGUGACACUGGUCUCGGAUGGGGAAAGGAGCAGCCCUUCAGCUGGCCGCUGUGCAGGGAGCCGUCCUGGGGGAGAAAGGCAAAGGGUUGAGCGGUGCCAUCUUAUGACUGUUGUUUUUCAUAGUUUUCGUCUUUCUACGGUUUGUCUCUUUUUCCAACAAGCAGUCAUUUUCCAAGCCAAAAGUCGAUGAAUUUCGUUAAUUUUAAGAAGCUGUAUCUUUUUAGAACUUGUUAAAGAGAAUUAUUCAGGGUAAAUAACAUACUUUGUUUAGAGGUAUGAGGAGUUUCGCAGAAUCGCUGAGCUGGCCUCAUUUAUAGACAGAACUCAGGAGAAGAUGUCAAGGCAGGUGUCAGGCGGAGAGGAGACUCUGGAACUGCGUGUGGUGUGCUAAGCCGUGCAGACAUUUCAAAAAGUUGUACAAAACGCUGUAAGGUGAAAUUGGCCAAUUCUUUCAAAGUCUUUUAUUUCUCCCCAUACUUUUUAUUUUAAGCCAAAUACAUUGCUUCUUUCUUCCUAACUCUCUGAGCACCUUAAUUUUGCCUCAGAAAAUUCCAGAUCAACCCCGUUGAGUUUUUACAAACAUUUCCCUUUCCUCAUAUCUCACAUCAGCUACCUCCGCUGAACUUGCGAAAGCUGGGCUUAGGGACUUCCAGGUAUGAACGCUGAGGGGUCUGCAGGUAUGGCUGGGAGAAGACUAACUACAUGACAGGGGAAGACACUGAGGCCUUAUUAGAACCUAAGGCCUUUGCAAGAAACCGCAGACACUUAGUGAGGCCAAGGCGUCCACAGCUCCAUCAAGCAGUGCCCUUGGAGCCGCGAGGGUCCGUUUCCUCAGGGUAGCUCUUGCGGCCCUCAGCUGCACCCCUUUCUCAGUGCUGGGUUGGUGUAGCCUCCUCAGACUGGACACCCCUUCUUGCCAGUGAUGUAAUCACAUCAGUGACUCUCCCUCACACAGGAACAGGGGGCGCAUCUGCAGGGUAAACAGCCUGCACUUCCCAACAGGGCACCCG